UAAGCCCUAACGAACGGCUAACGCAACUAUAUAAAUAUACCCAUUCAUAACCUCGAAAGCGCAAAUAAGAAAGUAACUUAAAUUGUUGACUUUUAAUGGCAAUAAAUAAUAAAACUAUUCUUAAAAAUAACUGUCUUAUACAAGAUGUUUAUAGUGACGAAAAAAAUUGAUAGUGAAAACAUUAGCAAAGUUUGUAGAACAUGUUUAAGAGAAGAUAACGAUAAAAUGAUUUGUUUAUUUAUUGGUCCUCCAGAAUCAUCUUUAGGUGCCAAAUUACAGUCUUUAUCAUACUUAGAGGUAUCCCAAGGAGAUGGGUUACCAGAAAAAAUGUGCGAUAGAUGUGUAACAAGAGCAGAAUCUGCUCUACUUUUUAGAGAACAGUGUCGAGCUGCCGAUCAAGCCCUCAGGCAAGCUGCCCUUCAACUUUCCAAGGAUCAAGCUGAUGCUAAUUAUUCCAAAAGUUAUCAUCAGAAUCAAGUUUACACUCCUCUACAGUGUCCACAAAAUUCAUCAAGACUUUCCGAUUAUCAUACUUACUCUAAUUACCAAGAUUUUUAUAUCCAUAAUCAAUUUCAUCCACCUAUUUAUCAGAGAGAGGAGCAUGCACCUCAACAUAUGCAUAUUAUAGAAUCUCCAAAUACUUAUUUUAGUUUGAGUAGAUAUAACAGUAGUUUUAUUAAUAAUGAGAUUUUUACAGAUAGAACAUAUCCAAUACUUAGGACAGAUGAUUUUAACUCUUUUAUGAGUCAUGAGUCAAUGAAUUCUAGAACAUCUUGUGCCUUACAAUGUUCAAUUUGUAAUUAUACAUUUAAUAAUGAGGCUCAAUUAGCAUAUCAUAGCAUUACGUAUCAUACUGAUAACGUUGAUUUAUCGAGCGACGAAGUAAAUAUUGAAGUCGAAGAAAUUUCAAAUACAAAUAUAAGUAUUCAACAAGGAAAGUCUCUUGAACCACCCAUCGAAAAUAAUAAAGUAAAUUCAAUUUGCAAUAGUCAAUUUCAAAACUUAAAUUAUGCACAAGAUUCCUAUGAAUCCGAAAAAAUAACUAGUACUAGUGUGCCCCCACAGGACAAAAAUAUUACCACCUCAUUAAUAUCAGAAAUUAUUAGAAAUAAUAAAUUCAAAUGUGACGUUUGCUCUCGAUUAUUUAGCCAGCAGUCAAAAUUAGAAAUGCAUCAAGCAUCGCACAACAGAAAGAAACUGUUUAACUGUGCUCAUUGUAGCAAAUCGUACUCUUCGAAAAGCAAAUUAGCCGCCCAUACGCGACUACAUACGCAAACCAACAUUCAUAAAUGUAACAUUUGUCAAAAGAUAUUUUCGUGGCCAUCCUACUUGAAUGAACACAUGAAAACGCACAAUCCUGAAUCGCAAGAAAAGAAAGUAACGUUCGAGUGUGCCGAAUGUAAGAAACUAUUUCAUUGCGUCAAGAGUUACAGGAAACACACGAAAUUUCACACUGGUAAAGGUCUAUUUCAGUGCGACAUUUGUGAUAAGUUGUUUAGUCAAAAAUAUUCGUUAAAAGUUCAUAUGAGCUCUCAUAGACUUUUCAAAUCACACAAAUGCGAAUUGUGCGACAAGUCCUUCAAUCAAAGGAGUAAUCUUGUAGAACAUAUGAGAAUACAUACGAAAGUUAAGCCUUUCAAGUGUACAAUUUGUGACAAAGGUUUCUCCCAGUCAAGCCAUCUUAAAAGUCACGAAUUAUCUCAUAACUCUAUAAGAAAGUUUCAGUGUAAAGUGUGCGGAAAGCGAUUUAAAUUGUCGAGUCAUUUGAAAAGACACGCAAAUUUACAUACGGGUAAAAAAAUGUACAAGUGCGAUCAAUGUAAUCAGACGUUCUCACAAGCCUUUAGUUUGAAAAGGCAUUCGAAAAAACAUACAGAAUCGAUGUAGUACAUUUUAUUUUUACGACUGAUACUUUAUUUUUAAGUCGAACCUUUACAAAUGCAUUUUUGAUGAUACAGUUAAAGAAGCAUUAUUGUAUGAUGCAUGUUUAAAACAGUAAAAAUGAAAAGAGUCAGAUUUAAA